GGAGACUGUGAGCGAUGCCCGGCGCCACAUCCGCGCACGCACCGCUGCUCGGAGGCUUCUCGGCGGACACGGAGAGCAGGCGACCCCCCCGGCUCACCUGGCCCUAGUAUGCGCCCCCACCGGCCCGUGUGUUCAGCUGCAGCCCGGGCUCACAGCGCGGACCCCAUACGGGAGCACACUGAGGGGUGACACCAGUCUCUAGCUGCUGCGGCUCUUGUUCUGCGUGAGCGUCUAUUCCCCAGUUUUUCCGUCCGGCUCCAUCCCCUGAGACUGUCCCCAGCAUGAGCUCUUCUCCACUGGUGUCCCGAGCUAACAUGGACAUCCUGGAUGAGCUGCAGCUUAUCGCAGCCCAGAACCUGGAGAGGCUCGAGGUCAACAAGUACUAUGAGGUGAUCAGGGAGCUGGGCAAAGGCACCUAUGGCAAGGUGGACCUCGUCAUCCACAAGAUCAGAGGCACGAAAAUGGCUCUGAAGUUCCUGAAGAAGAAAACCACCAAGCUGAAGUCGUUUCUUCGGGAGUACAGCAUCUCGCUCUACCUGUCUCCCUGCCCCUUCAUCAUCAACAUGUUCGGCAUUGCCUUUGAAACCGAGGAAUACUUUGUGUUCGCGCAGGAGUACGCUCUGGCAGGAGACCUCUUCGAUAUCAUUCCUCCACAGGUUGGUCUUCCAGAGGCAGUGGCAAAGCGCUGCGUGCACCAAGUAGCCAUCGCUCUGGACUACCUGCACUGUAAGAAGCUGGUCCACAGGGACAUCAAGCCCGAAAACAUCCUCAUUUUUGACAGAGAGUGCCGCAAGGUCAAGCUGUCCGACUUUGGCAUGACCCGCCGAGCUGGCUCGCCCGUGAAAAGAGUGAGCGGUACCAUCCCCUACACGGCCCCGGAACUCUGCGAUGUGUCCCGCCACGAGGGCUUCUGCGUGGACUACAGCACUGACGUCUGGGCUUUCGGCGUGCUGCUCUUCUGCAUGCUGACCGGCAACUUCCCCUGGGAGAAGGCGCUGCCCUCCGACUCCUUCUACCAGGAGUUCAUCCGCUGGCAGAGGAGGAGGACGAACACGGUGCCGUCCCAGUGGAGGCGCUUCACUGAGCAGGCGCUCCGUAUGUUCCGCCGGCUGCUCUCCGUGGAGCAGGACCGCCGCUGCUCUGUCAAGGAGGUGUUCGGCUACUUCAGCCACUCCUGGAUGCUGGAUACGGAGAAUAACAACAACAACGGCAACAGCAAUACAGGAGGCGGAGGAGGUGGAGAGAGGGUUGGCGGUGGAGGAGGAGGAGGAGGAGGAGGAGGAGGAAUCGUGCAAGGUGAUGUGAAUGGCACCAUCUCAUCGUCGUCUUCUGGGGAGGAGGACGAGGAGCUGCUGGUGGAGCGGAUGAAGCAGCAGACUCUGUCCCCUCUCUCUCCCAUGUCUCCUGUGUCGGUGGAGCGGGGGAGUGGCAGCGGGGCCAAGGGCGGGUUGAUGGAACAGGUCAGCGGCCACCAUUUCGUGCCCGUCUCUACCAACAGUUCAGUGUCGUCCACCAACAGCUACGAUCGAAUGCCGCGAGAGAGCAGUUCACCGGGCAGCCGCAUGCUGGUGGCCACGCCCAUAGAGAUCUGCGUGUGAGUGUGUCCGGAUGUUGCCGUCACAGACUCACCACACCACACGUUUAUACCUCCCACCCAAUCACAUAGAUGUGCAUGCCAGCAAGACGAAACAAUCAGACGUACACGUGUCCCGUUGCAAACACCCUGAGAGCGGCACAGCACAGAAAGUCUUGGUCGAGUACGUACAUCGCUCCGAGGUUUAAAAACCCCACUUUGGGUUCAAUGACGAGCCCGAGUGCAGUUUUUGUGAAACCCAGAGGAAGAAAUGAGAAAUUGCUUCCAUUAGAGAUUCUGUCACAUCGGAGAAAAAGACCAAAAUGUAUUUCUUAAAGCAAUACUUCCAGCAAAAAAUGAAAUGAAAUAAGGACCCGAAAAUGCAGCAGAACACUGUGGGACAUCUUAAAGACGUUUGAAGAUGCAGAGUUCAAGGAAUCACCCUGUAAGAUAAAAAAAGAAAAAGAAACGAGUGAACGUUUGUUUUAAAUGUGUCACGUGUAAUGUGAACGUGUGAGUGUAUCACUGUAUGAAUCUAAAAUAAGUGGAUUUAUUUUUGCUUUGAGGAUUUUCUUAUUUAUUGGAAUCUAAAAAGACUUAACACUAUUUUUUCUAUUGUUUUUCUUUUGUAAAGUAGCUCUCUUUCUUCUCUUUUCUUUCUGGACUUGACAUCAUGAUUUGGUGUAUCGGCGCAGCUGUGCCACACCCACUUCUCUCUACAACACGUGGUUGGCUGUUGUACAUAUUGGUGUCAGUACAUUAUGUUUGAGUUGUGACCAGUGGUUUCCAGAUGUAAUAUUUCCCCUCUGCAGGACAUAAACCAAUGUGAGUGUGAGACUGGAUUGAGAGAAGGAUGCCGCCGCCUCUGUUCUUCAUGACAAACAUAUCAUCUUCACCGGUGAAACAUUAUUUUCUACUCUCUCUUGAAAUUCUGUUUGUACGACUUCGGGUUUCUUUUGAGUAUCGUCUGAAAAGAAAAACUAUCACUUUGCAUGACAAGUAGCUAAAACUUAACUUUCAAGAAAAUUCAAACCGGCUUUACGAAAAAAAUUGUUUAAAAAGAAUCGUAAAACAUUGUGAUGUAGAGCUUUUGCCGUAGCACAAUUCCUCGCAUCAUGUCGAAGUGGGAAUAUCUUAGGGCUAAAAAUUGGAUCAAUAUUUAGUUUCUAUUCAGUGUGUUGUAUUUGUAUUGCUAUUAAUGUUGUGUACUCAUCUCACCACAUUCAGGAACAGAAAAAAAAAGCAAAGCAUGAGGACGUGGAGCGAGAGGCUUGAAUUAAAAAUUAUAGGUUAGGAAUUAAUUGAUGCAUUUUUAGAAGAGAUUCUAAACGGCCACCUUUAGUGAGGUAGUGUGGCUUGGAUGUUUUUUAAUUUAAAAUUAACAGCAAAAAAGUAAUCCAAUCCUUUCUUUGACUCAUCAUGAAUAUUACAUGGAUAAUCGAAAGAAAAACAAAAAACACAUCAGGUCAUGUAUAUGAAUGGACGUGUCGUGUGUUGUUUUCCAGACAUAAAUCUGCAUGAAUUUGUCUAUUGUGAAAACCUGCUCAGUGUUGCUCCCGUCACCAGCUGUUGUUCUCUGUAGAUGUCGUGCAGCUGCAAACAACAUGUCUCUUUAUCCCGUGAGAGUCGUCGGCCUCGGCUCGGAUCUGUCCGACUGAGGAUCGGCUCGACGGCUCUCACGUCAACCUGCUCCGUUCGCUUCCCUCAGAGCUGCUCCCGGAUCAGCCAGCGAGUAUGCAAAUGACUACAUCUUGUGAUAAUCUCUGACCUCAUCGUCUGCAUCAGCCCUCUGACUCGGAACAACGGACAGAGCUGAUACAGUCACUGCUGUUCGCUGCAGCCUCUCCAUCGGAGGGUGCACAGGCCUGUACAUGACCUCAUCAUGUAAAGGCCUGUUCUUUCCCUGCGUUAACUCUUCUCCCACAAACCACCAUUCUACCUCUCCACAGCGUCUCAGUCAUCCAUCCUAACAAGCCUCAUUUUACAUUUUGUCCAGCGAGAAGCUCUGCAGAUCUGGCAGUGGCAGAGCCAAGGGUGGACAGCGGUGACCACAGGGUCGCCACUAAGUUGUCUGUAAUAAUAAAAUGUUCUUUCGGGAACGCGGUAAAGUUGAGAGCAAAACCAAGAUGAUCCUUAAAGCGCGAGAAACAAAUCGACUUUCAGUAAACAUUUUUGGCAUAAUUUCGUCCAAAUUAGUUUAACAUUGUAAUGCAACAUUUAUAUAAUCUCUAAAGUUUAAAAGAUCCAAAUCGAUGUAACACAAACACUGUAUACACAAAUGAAAACGAGGAAUAUUACAUUCCAUUGACUGAUCGACUCCCUCAAGUUCCUCCAUCUCUCUUCCUCCCAACGCCUGAGGCCUCCUCCGCUCAUUCAUAAUGUCACGUGUUGUAAUGGAGUCAGUGUCUCUCUCUCCAGCGGCAUGUUUCAAAGCAUUGCGACUUCAGUGGUGUUUCAGUGAGUAGAGGACCACAGCACUCAAACUCGUACCCAGUUCUGUCGCUGCAUUACAAAUGUCUUCCUGUACGCUGAGGUUUAGUCAAUAAAAUGAGAUUUCUU